CUGGUUGACUGGCGGAGCGGCGGUGCGUGGUAUGUGUGCGGUCGGACUGUGGUGGAGUAUCUGCUCCUUCUUGAUAACGACUCACUUUGCGUUUCAUUGUGGAGAGAUGGGAAUUCAGAAGAAAUGGCUUUGAGACGCUCUGCUCUAGCACUGGUGGCCCUUCUCGGGUUGGUGGCUGUUGGUGAUGCCUUGCGUUGUAACUGCACUAAUUGUGAGAAGACGGGUUAUGAGUGUGAGACUGAUGGUGCCUGCAUGGCCUCCACGUACUACAUCCAGAACAAAGAGCAGCACGUGCGUAUCUGCAUCAACCGAGACAACCUGGUGCCCCUGGGACAGCCCUUCUACUGCCUCAGCGCAGAGGGGCUGCUCAACACUCACUGCUGCUACAGCGACUACUGCAACAGCAUCGACCUCAAGGUCCCUGUUCCUACCAAGGCAGGCUGGUCGGGCAGUGGCAGCUCGUGGGGUCCGGUGGAGCUGGUUGCUGUGAUCGCUGGGCCGGUGUUCCUGCUGUGUGUGCUACUGAUGGUGGGGGUGUUUCUGUUCCAGUACCAGCAGAGGGCGUACAGUCACCGGCAGCGCCUUGAGCUGGAGGACCCCUCGUGUGAGCACCUGUACCUGGCCAAGGACAAGACCCUGCAAGACCUCAUCUAUGACAUGUCCACCUCCGGAUCCGGCUCAGGCCUACCCUUGUUUGUGCAGCGGACAGUGGCCAGGACAAUCGUUCUUCAGGAGAUUAUCGGGAAGGGGCGGUUUGGAGAGGUGUGGAGAGGUAAGUGGAGAGGAGGAGAUGUGGCUGUGAAGAUCUUCUCAUCCAGAGAGGAGCGCUCCUGGUUCAGAGAAGCAGAAAUCUACCAGACAAUCAUGCUGCGCCACGAGAACAUCCUGGGCUUUAUUGCAGCAGACAACAAAGACAAUGGCACAUGGACCCAGCUGUGGCUGGUCUCAGACUAUCAUGAGCACGGCUCUCUCUUCGACUAUCUGAACCGUUACUCCGUCACUAUAGAGGGCAUGAUUAAGCUGGCUCUGUCUGCUGCCAGUGGCUUGGCACAUCUUCACAUGGAAAUCCUUGGCACUCAGGGUAAGCCCGGCAUCGCCCACAGGGACCUCAAGUCUAAAAAUAUCCUGGUAAAGAAGAAUGGUAUGUGUGCCAUAGCUGAUCUUGGUUUGGCAGUUCGCCACGAGUCCAUUACAGACACAAUCGAUAUAGCUCCAAACCAGCGUGUGGGGACCAAGAGGUAUAUGGCUCCAGAGGUGCUGGAUGAAACCAUAAACAUGAAACACUUUGAUUCGUUCAAAUGUGCGGACAUCUAUGCCCUGGGUUUGGUCUAUUGGGAGAUCGCUCGGCGCUGCAAUGCUGGAGGUAUUCAUGAAGAGUACCAGCUUCCAUACUACGACCUGGUGCCCUCAGACCCAUCCAUAGAGGAGAUGAGGAAAGUGGUGUGUGACCAGAAACUCCGGCCCAACGUGCCCAACUGGUGGCAGAGCUAUGAGUCGCUUCGUGUUAUGGGCAAGAUCAUGAGGGAGUGCUGGUACGCCAAUGGAGCGGCGCGUCUGACUGCUCUGCGCAUAAAGAAAACUCUAUCCCAGCUCAGCAUAGAGGAGGAUGUGAAGAUGUGAACUGUACAAAGAGCUCUGGAGACGCACAACACUCCCAUAUGAAAACAAUUCACUACUAAAGACAGAUUCUACAUGACAAAAGCCUGCCAGUUUAACUACAGCCACACUCCGAGUUGUGACAAGGCCUACCUCACCUUUUUAGCCAAAACUACUGAACGUCAUCUCCUACUCGGGACAUCCUGUUUGUUCUCAUCACCCCGUCUCCUUAGGCCACCGCAGCAUCACUACUGUUUCAUUAUGUUUCUAAUUAUAUCAUGGCAGGAGUUUUAUUACUGUACAGUGAUUGAACAUUUUUUUUACCUCCUCAGAAAUCAUCCCACAAUAAUUUUUGGAGGGAGUUUUAAGUUUAGUUUCAUUGUUGCAUUUUGUGGCUGUGAGUGUGUGCGCGCGAGUGGGAGGGGGUCGGAUGCACUCUAGUCUGUUUUAAACGUGUGGGGACUCCUAGCAUGUUUCCUGGAAUAGGCUGUAGUUCUAUAGACAGAUUUCUCUACUCUCUGUAACUUAAGCAUGAGCCGCCCAAUUGUGCUUCUUUGAAAAAUCCUACAGACACUGAAUAGUUGCACUCUAUUGUAGCUUCCUUGUUGAUAUGUGAGAUUUUUUUAUGUCAGGUAUCGCGACCAUGGAUGUGCUCCUGGUGUUUUUAGUCCAAAAUGUGGCAGGGAUUAUUACGGGAUGGUUGAGUUUUAUUUAUUUGUUGAUAUAUUUUUAUCUUUUGAUGAACACUGUGAGAUAAGAUGCCCACGUUGUGAUUAUAACUUGUACUUUUGUAAGUUUUCAUGUCUUCUGUUCUUCAGUAGUUUGACAGGAGAUUUCGAAUGUGGAACUUCUCCCAAUGGUAACAAGCUGUCAUGCACAUUGAACAAAUAAGACGAGUAUAAAAAGCAAUGAUAUGGCCUUUUUAAAUGUUUAUUUUGUUAAAUACUCGAGGCAAGGUUUGUACAACUUCCAUUUUCCUUUUGUGCCACAAGUUAAAGGCCACCACUUUAUAAUAACUACACUUUAAUUAGCCUUAAUAACACUUAAGACUUCAUUCAUAAUUAACAUAGUUUAAUAAGAAUGACUCAAGCUUAAUUACUUAAUACUCCUUACCCUAACCCCUUAAGUAGUCACUAAGCCUGAAUCGUUCUAGAUAAACUGUUUGUUAUGAAUUAAGCCCUUGUUCAUGCUUUAUUAAGUGUAGUUAUAAUAAGGGGUUACCAACUAAUGAGUGGAAAGUGAUGUUGCUUGAACGGUACUCUCAGAAAUCAUAUGUGAAGAUCUGCUGGAUGUAUUGUAACUCUACUCAUUUAGAGAUACAGUGGUACUACUGACAUGCCCACAUAAAUGUCUGUUAUUUUGUGUAAUCUAUAUGUUUUGAGUCCUUUUUAUCAUCUGUAAAUGUCGUCUGUGUAAACAUCUCAUUGACACUGGAAUAUUUGGGAUUAAGUUGUGAAUCCUGACACUGCCGAUUGGUAUUUGACUAUAUAUAAUCAAGGCAACUACUGAAUAUCUGUAGUUUCAGAUACUGUACAAUCAAUCUGCAUGUUUUUAUUUUAUCAUAUUUGCAGAUGAGAUUACGAAAGACAUUAUUGGGCUAUGUACUGUUAGUCCAUAUGUAAUUUUUUCUGUUCACUCUAUGUAAUUAUUACCCAUUUGUCUCAAAACACUGGCUCCUCCUAAAGAAUUGAACUCAUCUGGUCAGCUCCAUUUAAUGAUUUGAAUUCUACCAUUGUUUUUGGUUUGAGAAGGCAAUUGUUGACAGGUAGCCCAGAAAUGAUGCUGCUACUGUAAUGAGGACUUGCAGAAAAUAGUGGUGUAAAAUGGGAGCUGCACAUAUGUACCAAAAUUGUCAAACACACCUCCAUGUUUUCAUUUUGGCAUAAACCCAUCCUACAUCUAGUUUAUAGGUAAAGAUUUCAAAAUCACUUAGUUUGUACAUAGAUUAUAUACAAUAAAUCCAUUUUUCCUAA